ACCGCAUCCCCAGCCCGUCUCUCUCGCCACUUCUCCAGGCGGCGGCGGCGGCGGCGGCGGCGGCUCGUUUGUGCUUCCCUCCUUCCACGGCCGGUGGCCUCGCGCUCCUCGUUGGUCUCUGUUAGCAUGGCGAGCAGCGCGGCGGUGCGGCGACGGAGCUGACGCGGAAGGGGGUCACGCUGCUGCUCCUCGACGUGCCCCAGCACACCGUCCUCGGCGUCGACACCCAGGUGUUAUCGGUCAGCCCCAGGUUCAGAGGGAUCAAGCUGGUGCCCACAGGCCCGCAUUUCCUCCACUACUGCUCCCCGAGAAGCUGGUUUAUAAAUAUGGUAAUCAUAACUGGUGAAUGUCAGCUGGCAGGGCGAUGGCAAACAAACGCUUUUUUUGUCUGGCAAAUUUACCCGGAAACCAGAUACUCUGAAGCAGUAAAAAGGUUUGAUGAUUAGCUUGGACCAUACAAUUUGGAUUCUUUUGGAGACUGGAAACCACUUUCAAGCUAGUUGUCACGGAGUGUCAUUGAAUGCCUUGAGCCAAUUGGUGAGAAAUUACAAUGGCAUUGGAGACAUAAAUGGAUGGAUAGGGCUCCCCAAGAAGAUAUGGAGACACGAUUGGUGGAACAACUUAGAGAAGACAAAUUUGCAAAGAAAGCUCCGGCACAGCCUGAGCGGAGAGGAUGCUACUACACUACUAUCCCUGCUUCGGUUAAGCACAUGAACAUUUUUGCAGAUGAGCUGAUUUUGCUAAAUUUGGACAGACCACUUCAUACAAGGACGCAAAAGUUUGUAAAGUUUAUUAGAGUUAUUUACUCCAGUUCAGGCAGUGCUUUCAACGUACACAUGAUUCCAGAAGUAGUGAGGAACAAGGGCAACUCUUUGUUUUUGGAUGAAGCGUGGUUUUCAAGAGACAUAGUUCUUUGUUGUCCCUCCAAGCUUCACACUCCCUUACUGAAUUCAAUGCCGAGUAGCGAGGUUCCUGCUUCGGAUGACCCAAUUCUUUUGGAGCGUCUUCUUCUUGAUUUGCUAGAUCCGGAGCUCAAGGGGCAUGCUCUUUUGGAGCUGCGUAAGAAGAGGGAGAUGUUUCCAGAUCUGGCUCAUUUGUUGUGGUACUCAUUCGGCACAAUUGCCGCGUUGGUCCAGGAGAUUGUAAGAAUCUACCCUGCACUUUCGCCUCCAACUUUAACGUUGGCUGCAUCAACCCGAGUCUGCAAUGUGCUUGCACUUUUUCAGUGCAUUGCAUCACACCCUGAGACCAGAAGUCCUUUCAUAAAAGCUCAUAUUCCAUUGUACCUGUACCCAUUCUUGCAUACCGUCGACAAGGCCCAACCUUUCGAGUACUUGCGGCUUACCACUUUGGGUGUCAUUGGUGCUCUAGUAAAGAAUGAGGAUACUGAAGCUACUGUUUAUUUGCUCGAAUCUGAAACUAUUUCUUUGUGCUUGAAGAUCAUGGAGAUAGGCAAUGAGCCUUCAAAAACCGUGUCCACUUUCAUUCUCCUAAAGCUUCUGCUAAACGAUGUUGGUUUGCACCACUGUUGUAACACUCACGGUCCUUUCUAUGAGAUUGCUUUUGCUUUACAAGAAAUGGUUUCCUCACGAGAUGCCCGACCUUCGGCAAGGCUGCUGAAGUGCAUUGUCCGUUGUUACCUUAGGCUAUUUGACCAUCCUAGGGGUCGUGCGGUGUUUAAAACAAGGCUUCCCAUCGUGCUACAAAAUGGGACAUUCAAUGACUAUCUGGAUGAUCCUUCAGUACAAGAGUGUCUGCAGCAACUGCUGGCCAAGCUGGAGGUUGGGAGUCCCAAUCAGUUCGUUCCAUUUCUCCGCCGCAAUGACAACUCUAUCGUACCAUGAAUCGCACAAUAUCAUUGCGAUCUCCAUUUGUGACAACAAAAACAAAUGAAAAAGUCUGUUGUGUUCAUAUGCCUUUGGCUUUCCUCUAAAUAAAAGAUAAUAAGCCUUGGGCAUUCUGUGUUUCGAACAUGUAGAAACUGUAAUAAAUAGUAGGGGACGGAAGAAGCCCCUAUACAUUAUCGUUCUCUUUUGGUGUAUUUGCGUGUUAAUUAAAUAGCUUCGUUAUGGUUCCGUGCGGACCAUGUUGGGGCGGUUGUUAUGUUACCGUUGGAAUUAUAUAUGGAACGGCAAUUGAAUUGAGCUGUCA